AUGGAAAAGAUUACAGAAGUCAAAAAUGGCGUGGAUGGACCUUUAUCCCAUGUAUUAGGCCAGGACUUCACCCAGCACGUCAAGGACUCCAUUGGCCCAAAAGCUAGCCCUAGGGUUCGAAGCGUCCUCCAAAGCCUCACUCAACACAUGCACGAUUUCUGGAUGUCGGCGAUUGAACUGAUCAAUGAAAGCGGCAAAUUCUCGACCCCCGAUCGAAAUGAAACCCAGUUACUCUGCGAUCUGCUGGGUCUCGAGUCGCUCAUCGACUCGGUCGAAUUCUCGCAGCAACACAGUCGGAGCAACCCGACGCUGACGGCCAUCCUCGGCCCCGUCUAUCGGCAGAACCCCCCCGCAUACCCCUACGGCGCCUCGAUCAUCCAGCACUCCCCCGAGACCUUCCCCGAGACUGCCGCCAUGACCGCCCGCAUCUUCGGUCGUAUCACCGACGCCGACACCGACGCGCCCAUCCCUGGCGCCGAGGUCGACUUCUGGCAGUGCGCGCCGAACGGCCUGUAUGACAUCCAGGACCCGCAGCAACCAUACAUGAAUCUGCGGGGGCUUAGUCGCUCUCGUGCGACCCCGUAUCCGAUCCCGGAAGACGGACCGGGCGGGAAGUUUCCGGCGUUGAUGGAUCGGCAGCCGUAUCGGCCGGGGCAUCUGCAUUUCUGGAUCCGGGCGGAGGGGUAUAGGAGUUUGAUAACGCAGGUGUUCGAAAGGGGGGGUGAGUUUCUGGAGAAUGACAGUGUCUUUGCGGUGAAGGGGGGGCUUUGUGUCCAGUUCGAGAAGGAGGAAAGAGGCGGACGCCUUGGCGGUUGGAGUGGAAUAUGA